AUGACAGCUGUCACGAAAGAUCUGCUCACCCCACUAGUGGAGUACGGAGAAGGAUGCGGAUAUAUGAGUUGUCCCAUAAUGGGUGAAAACGUGCUAAACGUGCACGUUGUACCGAGCACACACGCCGAACUAGGAUAUACUAGGACAUUCUACCAGCAUUUUACUGGCUAUGAUGAUAUCUACGACCACAGUAAAGUCAAUAUGAAGAAUAUCUUGGAUGCUGUCAUUACCGCGCUCUGGGCUCAUGAGGAACGAAAGUUUACAUUCUCCGAUAUGCCAUACUUUUUCCACUGGUGGAAAAAUAGAGAUAUGACAGUCAAGCGCAUGAUCUACCAGCUACUUCGUCAGGGUCGACUGUAUUUCGUCGGCGGGGGAUGGAGUAUGAGCGACGAGGCUACCACCAGCUAUCAUGCUAUUAUUGAUCAUUUUACUUAUAACCUCAGAAAAAUCAACGCCACAUUCCUAGAUUGCGGGCGUCCUCUAGUCACCUGGCAGGCGGACGUCUACGGCCACUCCAAGGAGUUCGCAUCAUUGAUGGCUCAGAUGGGCUUUGAUGGCCACUUCAUCAAUCCCAUCAGCUAUGAGGACGAGCUCAGCAGGAUGAAGAGUAAAAGCUUGGAGUUCAUUUGGAGAGGGAGCGAUGAUUUGGGGCAAGACACAGAUAUCUACACGCACAAGCUGUUCGACGGCUACUGGUCUCCGCCAGGGUUCUGCUUCGGAGGCUUCUGCAACGACCCUCUCAUCAUCACGUCGGAUGCCACCUUCAGUAACGUGGAGGAACGGGUAAAGGUAUUCCUGCAUCAGAUCUCUCAGCGGCAGAGUCCGUACUACACGACUCGGAAUGUGAUGGUCGUGAUGGGAACAAGGCUCGGCUACCAUGACGCUAACACCUGGUUUGAUAAUAUUGAUAAGCUUAUUGCUAACGUAAAUUCGCGGCAAUCAAAUUAUAACAAGGGCAAAGUUUAUCUAUUCUAUUCAACUCCAGCUUGUUACCUGAAAGCGGUACAUUCGGCUUCACCGAAGUUAUCAACGAAACAGGAUGAUUUCUUCCCGUUUACUUACGACAAGGACACGCAUGCAUCAGGCAUGUAUACCUCGCGACCGGUGAUCAAGUACCUAGCUAGGGAAGUGCAUCAUUAUAUACAGAUCGCUAAACAAUUACAAGUAUUCGCUCAACUAGGCAACAAUGAUAGAAGAUUUGAAGAACUGAUGUGGAUUUCAGGAGUUCUUCAAGACCAUACUAUUAUAACUGGUGGUAUGAGGCCCCAUGUUACUGAGUAUUAUGCUAGAAAAGCGUUCCUUGCUAGAGAAAUAUGUUUGCAGAUUUUCAGACCGGCUUUAAAUAUUCUGCGUAAAUCUCCAAAAGAGAUGAUUUACUACUCGUGUCAGUUCAACGUGUCAUCCUGUUGGACUUUAGAGGGAAAUCGAUUCUUUAUAGUAAUAUACAACCCGCUAUCCUGGCCUGUGACGAUGCCUGUCAGACUGCCAGUGACCAGAGGCAUCUAUACUAUUUAUGAUCCUAAAGGCAUAAAACAGAACCACUCAGUAUUCUCAAUACCAGACUUAGUAAAAUCAGUCCCACACCGAGGCGACUAUGCCACCGAAGAUGAAAUAGUUUUCAUAGCCGAAAGCAUACCGCCACUAGGCUUUAAAUCAUACUACGUAGACCGUCUCACAAUACGCUCACGAACCAAACGCUCAAUUAUCAAGAAGUUAAACAAAAAUUCUAAGAAGAAAAAGUAUUUGACGAGGCAGACAAAUAAUCUGAAGAUUGAUGACAAGUCUUUAUUGGAUGAUAUUCCUGAGUACGAAUAUUUUGAGGAUGCUACAGAAAAGAUUUCACCGUCUUCGAAACUGAAUUUGGUAAAUGUAUCGAAAGUGAAAGAGCUGGAAAUGUAUACAGAUUUUGUGUUCACUCCGCCGCCUCAAAAAGUGCUGGAAAUCGAUGAAGAGUUAGAAGCGCAGAAAAUUGUGUUGCAGAGUAGUUCUACUGCUGCGCCUGUACCAUUUACAACCCGCACAACGACAACGACUUCCACUACAACAACGGCUUCGACUUCGACUUUCACUACGACUUCUACUACAAAACGGCCUUUCACUACGACUACUACAGCUACUACAAAAGGGACUACUACAAAAACUACCCCGAAUUACGUGGAGUAUUAUGACGAAGAUACGACGGAAAAUAUAGUUGAAAGUACUACGCCGUAUUUUGAUUUCGAAAAGUAUUAUCGACGAAUGGAAAAAUCUGGGUAUCAUAGUAUGGAGUCUAGUGAUAAUUUUAUUAAGAAUGAGUACAUACAAAUAAACUUCAACGACAAACGCAAGCUACUAUCAAUAGCUUUAUCGAACGGUGUCAGCAUAUCUUUUGACGUACAAAUUUGUUACUACGUAUCAGACGACCCUACAAAACUAGGAACAGACAAGAAAAAACCGGGACCUUACAUUUUCAGACCUAUGGACCCCCAACCUCUGUUGAUAUCAGACAAUUUAGAAGCUAAAGUUCUGAAGUCUGACAUUGUAGAAGAAUUACAGAUUAAAUUUUCUAAUUACGCUGGUGUGACUCUUAGACUAUAUAAAGGUCUGCCAACGAUAGAAUUGGAUUGGAUCGUAGGUCCGAUACCUGUGUAUGAUGAUUUAGGAAAAGAAAUUUUUAUAAGAUAUGUUACUGAUUUGAAUAAUAAAGGGGUUUUUUAUACUGAUAGUAAUGGAAGGCAGACUAUUAAGAGAAUAAGAGAAGUUAGACCGACUUAUACUCCUACUAUUAUGGACGCAGCUUCUGCGGUUGCAGGAAACUUCUACCCAGUGACAUCAAAAAUCUACAUUGAAGACCUAGAAAAGAACAUACGCCUAUCAGUAUUCCCUGACAGAUCUCAAGGCGGAACCUCCUUAUUGGAUGGCAAUAUAGACUUAAUGCUAAACAGAAGAAUCUUCACCGACGAUAGUGGAAUCCAAGCUUAUCUCAACGAAACGGAAUUUGGCCAAGGCCUAAUAGUUAGAGGAACUCACCACUUAUAUAUUUCCAAAGCCGAUUUUAGACCUAACAAAGUUUUCGAAAAGAAAUUUGCUAAAGAAUUGGAGUUAGGUCCUAAAGUUUUCACCUCUAUACAUCCAAGUUAUUUUAAUAUAAGCUAUGAUGCUUGGAAAGAUAAUACUAAUGAGUAUUCAGCUUUAAGAAUGAAAGUUCCUAUCGGUAUCCAUGUUUUGACUGUAGAAAAAUGGCACGAUAAACUAUUGAUAAGACUAGAAAAUUAUUUAGAAAAAUCUGACGUAGUAAGAAAUAGGAUCAAAAAAGUAUUCAUAACAGAUCUGUUUAGAGAUUUUAGAAUUACUGAAUUAAGAGAAACUACUUUAUCAGCUCAUAUUUGGUUGGAAGAUUACUUUCCUUUGCAGUGGCAGAAAGAGAAAUUUGUGAAGAAUUUUAACCAAGUUUAUGGGAAUAUUAGUAAUUUGGUCUUUAGUGAAGAUUCAGGGUUUCCCGAUAGACCAUUUACAAGAGUAAAUUUAGAUAGAGGAAUAGACUUGAAACCGCAACAAAUUAGAACGUUUGUAGCUAGUUAUGUAAGACUGUAA